UUUCCUGUUAGCAAGGCGAAUAGUGGAGGUAUCUGGAAUCAUGUUUAAUAUUGGAAACUUUUUUUAUGUAGAAAAGAAUUGCACCUUUUUUGUGCCAGGUCGAGUAAAUAUGUGAAACUGGUUCCGAGGUCAUGAAUCUAUGUCGUACUAUUUUUUUUUUCGGGUUCAUAAUAGUAUGACUUUGGCCUGUUGAUAAUGUCCAGCAUCGCAAGAAUCCUGUCUUCACACUAUGCAAUUUUCUGAUAUCAUGGGUUCAGGCCUUAGUUGGUUGCAGCUUUCACAUUCCUUUUUUUGGAUUUAAUACCGUAAAACUUGUUUAGCUGACGGUUUUCAAAAUUUAUUCUUCAAGAAACUUUGGAAAAUUACCCAUUUAGAAACAUCAAAAUCAAGUUCUCAUAUUCUCCAAAUUAAACUAUUCUGAGCAGAAUGAAAAAGAUAGGAUAUCAAUUACCGUUCUUAUUUACAAAAAAUAAUUUUGAAUACUAAGUAGUCAGCGGAACGUAUUCGGGAAACUGCAACGAGGCAGGGGCCCAAUGUCUUCACUAGCAUCAUUUUCUUCGCUCAUCUCGCCAGAAACACAUUAUGACAUGGAUAUAUUCUUUUGACUUCAUCAACCGGCCAUCUUUUCGCCACAGCCAGUUUUUUGAGUGAGUUUAAGCUCUGGCCUUUCAGGUUUAUCUAACUUUUGUCAAGACCAGCUAAUGUCAAUUCCAUCUUGAAACCAGUCGCUGAAUUGUCAACAACAAUUACGGAAUCAACAGUAUCAGUUACAACAACAAAUGAAUCAUCAGAAUCUGUAUGGGAGAUCUCCCUUGAGGGCAGCAGACCCGGUCUAUCAACCAGGCAUGGGUGCUCGGCAGUUGACUUGGUACAUGCAUCAACAACUGCAGAGGCCGAAAGACAACAAUAUAGAAUUCUGGCGAAAUUUUGUUACAGAGUUUUUUGCUCUCAAUGCCAAGAAGAGAUGGUGCGUCUCUUUGUACGGAAGUAGCCACCAAACAAGUGGUGUUAUCCCUCAGGAUACAUGGCACUGUGAGAUAUGCAAUAUCAAGCCAAGCAGUGGUUUUGAAACAACUGCCGAUCUUCUUCCAAGGCUAUACCAAAUCAAAUAUGAUAGUGGUACAUUGGAAGAGCUGCUUUAUGUUGAUAUGCCCCAUGAAUACCAGAAUCCAUCCGGUCACAUUAUCCUGCUAUAUGCAAAAGCUAUACAACAAUAUAUUUUUGAGCAGCUACGUAUAGUUCGUGAUGGUCAACUUCGCAUUGUUUUUACCCCAGAUCUAAAGAUUUACUCUUGGGAGUUUUGUGCUAGGAAUCACGAAGAGCGAAUACCUCGACGAAUUAUAAUCCCUCAGAUUGGUCAACUUGGAGAAGCGGCCCAGAAGUACCAAGCUACUGCUCAAAAUACCACAUCCAGCAUACCUACGCAAGAGUUACAGAGUAAUUGCAAUAUGUUUGUUACAUCAGCUCAUCAAUUAGCAAAAGCCUUGGAGGUGCCUUUAGUUAAUGAUUUUGGAUACCCAAAGAGAUAUGUCCGAUGUCUUCAGAUAUCAGAAGUUGUUAAUUGCAUGACAGAUUUGAUUGAUUAUAGCCGAGAAAAUGGGACCGGAGCUACGGAGAGUUUGGGGAAGUUCACACAGAGGACAAGUUUGUCAUCUCAGCUGCAUGUGUCAGGUCAACAAACUGAGGCCUGGCACGAACUAAUUUCAGUAGAAAACAUAAACAAUGAUUGUAAUUCUGUACCAUCAACUUCGCAGCAGCAGUUAAUUUCAGGACACAACUCAACCGGCAAUGGUAAUUCCGUCCCAGCAAAUUCUGUCCAGCUUUCUACCUCAAAUGAUGUUCGGACCGUGUAUGACUCCGUUGGUGCAGCCACCGCCAUUUUUAAUGGGCUUCCAUCGCAGAAUUGGACGAAUUCCAGGAAUGAUAACCUGAUGAAUUAUCAGAUCCCAUCUACUGGGCCAUCAACUCGACAACUCUCAUCUCUGCUAUAUCCUCAUGCUCACUUGUCACCACCAAUACAAUCAUCUGCUAGCGAUCCCCCUCAAGUUUCUCAGAGUUCCUUACUAGAGGCAUUCCCACCACCACCACCACAUACUGGUGAAAAUUCAUCAGCACAUGUACAGUUGCAGGAGCAGUUCAGUCAAUCAAAUGAAGCUGACCUUGAAUCCAUGAGCUCUGUUGAGAAAAUCAUACGAGAAGUAAUGGGUAGUACAGCCGGUGUUGUUUCAGUACGAAAUAAUCAACAAAAUACUAACCGGAUUAUGCAAUUAAGCAGUAAUUCUCCCAGUAGUGGCGCCACAAACAACAAAAUGGAUAGGCAAUGA